UGUGUUUUGAAAUAUUUUGUGUGAAUGCAUCGAGAGUGAACCAUAGGUUCCAGGAUGGGACUCACGAGAUAUUUGCGGAAUAUCUGCGACAAUCCAGGUUGUAUAACGGGGUUUUAUAUCGCUGUUGAUUUCAGUUGGAUGGCCAGAGCAAGGUGCAUUUUGACCGGAAAAUUUUCCAAUCGACAUCUUGUAAACCACUUCUAGCGCACGUGUUUAGUAACAGCAUCGUUUCCGAACACAACGCAUGUCUUCCUGCAGGUUUCCGCCGCUGUUUUGCCAUUUUAAAUUAUAAAGCAUGAGGUGUCGACUGUGUUCGUUUUGAAUCUGCAUUUUCAGGUUGAUCUGAAGCUAAUUAACAACAUCGCUACUGACUGCAGAAAAAUAUAAAAAGCAGCAAAGAAUUUAUGGUAGAUUUUCGAUUUUUUUUUUAGCUUCUUUAAUUUUAUAAAACUAAGAAUUACACACAAAAAAAAAAAAUUGGACGAACCCAUAACCUAAUUCGAUGACGUAAUGUCUGUAUGCUCUUCUUUCCGUUUUUCUAACGUAUAACCACUACCGCAGUGUUUACAAACACAUAUUAGCUACAUUUCAACGAAUAAACGACGCGAACGGCCUUCACUGCAGACAGAAUCUCUAAGGAAGUUGUCCCACACCCAUUUGGUGUGUACCCAGCGAUAAACCCCACCCUUUAACGGCCUUCGCUGCUGUCUGUAUCUCCAAGGAAGUCCACCCUGUAAAGUCAUGCUAACGCAGCUAUCCUGUUCGGCCCGGAACUGAUCCAUAUUUUUAUAAGUACACUAUCGGAAACAUUUCAAGUGAAUGGUAUGUUAACUCAAGUUGUACUGACAUCAUCUCUGUGGACAAGUCUCUAUUGUUUCGUGUGUUACUUUUGGAGAAGCAAGUCAUAUGAAUGGUCAUGUCGUUCUGUAAGUCUGCUACACGCACUGCUGAUAACCUCUCUCUCAUACUACUGCACUUUUAUUCAAGGUCCAUGGCCUUUUACAGAUGCAGGUGGACCCAACACAUCUUUUCAAGAGUCCAUUGCAAUUAUUUCAGUUGGAUAUUUCAUCUUUGACUUUUUCUGGUGUUUAUAUUUUCAAACAGAUGGUCAAACGAUGCUGUGUCACCACUUUGUAUCAAUUAUUGCUCUGGCCAUCUGCUUGAUUACAGGUUCAUAUGGCACAGAAAUUGUAGCUACCAUCUUCGGAUCUGAAAUCAGCAAUCCCUUCUUGCAGUGUCGAUGGUUUCUCAAAUAUUCUGGUAACCGUGACACAGCUAUUGCGGAUUUGGUUGAUGCUGCUUUUAUUUUCACCUUCACUUAUGUACGUAUUGUAGUCGGCAGCAACCUACUCUACUGUUACCUGUCGAUGCCACACAUACCAAUAUUCAUGCGUGUCGCUAGUGUCACAUUCUAUUUGAUCUCUUGGGCAUUCUGGAUAACAAUAUUAAAAUUUGGCUAUCGGAAAUGUCUACGAAAAUAUCAAAAUUUCAAAAAUAUUACAAAAAUAGACCAAGUAAAUAGUGGAAUUUCAUAUCCAAAAGAUCAUUCAUUGUUAUGCUCUAAAUCACAUCAAAAUUAAAUAUCUUUUUUUAUUUUGAUUGGCAGAAUUUACUAAAUGAUUCAAGAACCAAGAGUUUCGUAUUUUGCACAAAAUUCUCAGCUUUUGAGUCAGUUUGUAACUUCUGCUGAUUUAAAUAAAAAGCAUAAACUCCUGUCUUGACUUCUAAUUUCCUGUUUGUAUUACCAGACCUGAUCAAAAUUAUAUAUUAGCGACAGAGGCAAUAUUAAUACUGAGUGGUAAUAUUUAUCCCCACUUAAAAGUGGAUGUUCUGUAGAACAAACUUUACUGCAGUAAAUACCAUGAGAGAAACUCUCAUAUUGGCAUUUUGUUGCAAAAUGCACCAUUGUUUAUCUCUCCACUAAUGAUAUUAGCAAGAGUGAGUGCAUUUUGCAACAAAAGCCAAUAUGGGAGAUUUUCUCAUGCUAACUACUGCAGUAUAGAUUGUUCUAACAGAACAUCCAUGUUUAAGUGGGGGUAAGUGUUGCCUCCUGAUCAAAAUUAUGUAGGUAUUUUAAGAGGUUAUAAUACAUAUAUUUUCAAGUGCCUACUUUUUGUUUUCCAUUCAUUAGCCUCUGUGAGCUCUUUGUAUCAAAGAAUGUUAGGUUUUGUUUUUUUUUUAAGUGACCACUUGAUCAAGAUGUUGGCCAUAUAUUCAUUCAUUGUCUUCAGUGGAAACUCUUUGUUAUAUUCAUUUUAUCUUUUAUAGCUUGAUAGCAGCAUUUAAUGAUAGGGCUACCACAGUAUAGUCGUGCACUUGAGCACUGUGUACAAUAACCUCGUUAAAUGAUCAGAAGUGAUUUAGAAAUCACUUCUCAUCAUUUAUUGCUUGUGCCUUGUCUCUGCAUUCUAUUUAUUUUUGACAUUUAAUCUAAUUAAAAUAUGUUGCCUAGUGGAUGUAGCAGCCAAUCUAGUUUUGUUUUUAUUACUAAGUUAAAUUACGAUACAGAAUUUCUGAAAGUAUUUCAAGAGAACAAAAAUGGGUUUGAUUAAUUAUCAAAUUAUAGAUAAAUAACUAACUGAUAAGUAUUAAAUGAGAAAAAGUUAAUAUAUAUAUACAUUAAAAAUAAUAAUUAAGAUUUAUUGUUGUUUUAGUAACAUGUAGUGACUGGCAUGUACUUAAAAGAUUUAACUUUCAAGGGUUUUGCUCUCUUAGUAGAGGAGACGAAUAACCCUGUAUUUGUAGACCUUCACUCCUUAAGUAACAGCAAGUUAUCAUAUUAGUUAUAAAAGCACAGAUGCUAAGCCAUUUCUGGAAAUAUAACUAAGGAGUUAAAGGGGCUGCUUUGGCUCCAGUAAUUCCAAAGAGAAGUCGCAUUCCAAACCAUCACAUUCAUGCUUUUGUUUCAUUUGUUUUUUUGAAAUGAUGUACUCUUCAGUUCUUUAUGGAUAUCUCCCAGUGUAUAUCAAACACUUGUGCAACCUAAGCUUCAUAACAUAUACAUCUUUUAUACAUAUUUUCAAUGAUUGCUAUUUUGUUUCCGCUUUUCUAAUUCUUCUGAUCUUCCAACUUCAUCAUUCAUUUAUAUACUAUAACUUUAGCAAAUAUUUAUUUUGUGAUUAGCAUUUGACAAGCCACACUCAGAUCAAAACCUAUGGUACUCUUGUUGCCGAUCAAGAGUCUGAUUUCUAGCUAUUGUUAUCUCCUCUGUUUUUACUGUGGAGUUUAUUGUCCAGAGAUUUUUUCACCAGGAAACAUAGUUGUCAUCAGUUUACUGAAAGAAAUUUGGUUGAGAGAUUAUGUACAGCAACUAUAUGGGAGCUUUCAUUAUAACUGAUGUGAUCCCUUUUAAAAGAGAAUGGGAAGGCAGCUUAGUGUGGGAAAUUUGACUGCUGUCACAUUGUGCUGGCCAAAUUUAGAUAACAGCUGUUGGCUAUCAUCAUAGUAGCAUCUUAACUUCAUCAACAACUUCAACAUCAGAAAGAUGCGACUAUGAUUUCAAACAAAUCACAGUUAGUGAAAUUAAGAAAAUCUUCUGGUUACUAACAUCUGCUAAUCCAGACACAUUUCUACCUUAAACAUUCGUUAUUUAUUGAUACACCAUAAAAAGGAAACAAAUUAACAUUAAAAGAAUAUAUAAUUUUUGUCAUGUCUCCACAAGUCUACCCUGUUAUCAUAAUCUCACAAACCCUUAUUAGUUAUAAUCAUAGUGCCAAGCUUUGCUCCCUAAAACUUACACUGAGUAUAUUAGAUAAAGUUCAAUAAGAAGGGUUCCUCUAUAAUCCCCAGCCAAUUGUCCUAAUUUCAUUGAGCUGGGGACUUAAUAACAUUCCAAAUAUGCUAUACACAUUUUUCAUGCAAAGACUUAUCAAAUAACAACUCCUUGUUGAUAUUGAACUUGUUACUUAAUCUACUAAAUAAUGUUAUUAAAAUCUGCUGUACCAUACUGACAACACAUUUAUUUAAUAUCCUGUUAAUUCUUUUAUAUCUCUUACUCUUUUCCUUUUUUUUGUUUUUGUUUUUUUUUUUGUUUUCAUUUCUGUGAGCUGGGAAUAUUUCAGGUAUCACUUGGAUGGAAAAAUACUGUGAAGCUAUAGAGUUUGCUGUGAUUUUAUUAAAUAACUGCUUUGGACUGUUUCUGAUUGUAUUUAAUGUACAUUAAAUACAAUAUGAAAAAUAUAUUUAAAAAAAAAUAUUUCUAUGUUGGUACUUUUUAUUCUUUUUGAGACUAAGUCAUAUUAAUAGGAUCACUUGAUGAGGACUAUUGAAAGUUAAAUAACUGAAGAUACAAUGCUGUGCUGGUGGUGAUGGUAUACAAAAUGUUCACUCUUCAGUUGAUGUAACUGGCAACAGUGAUAGAUCUGGAGAUGAUUUUAAUCAAAACAUUAUAGAAGCUUAAGUUGCUAACCGUUUGUAAGUAUAUAAUGUUCUGUGUAUCAAUGAAACAGAAUCAGCCCAGAGUUUAAAAAUACUGACGAUUCUAUUGUAUACCCACAUAUAUCAUCAUCAUCAUCAUCAUCAUCAUCAUCAUCGUUUAACGUCCGCUUUCCAUGCUAGCAUGGGUUGGACGAUUUGACUGAGGACU